GCCAUGAAGGUCUUUGUUGAUUCUCAGGGUUUUUCACAAACCCAAAUUGUCCAGAAACGGGAAAUAAUCCUGAAGGCCUAUGCCAAGAGCCAUACCAUCAAUGAGCUGAGCCCCUUUACCACCUAUAAUGUUAAUGUCAGUGCCAUGCCCAGUGAUUAUUCAUAUCGUCCUCCCACAAAGAUCACAGUGACCACGCAGAUGGCUGCCCCACAGCCCAUGGUUAAACCGGAUUUCUAUGGUGUCGUCAACGGGGAAGAGAUUUUGGUUAUUCUGCCGCAAGCUUCCGAAGAAUAUGGUCCUAUUUCCCAUUACUAUUUGGUGGUGGUGCCGGAGGAUAAAUCGAAUUUGCACAAGAAUCCUGAUCAAUUCCUCACAGAAGAUUUAUUACCGGGUCGGAACAAACCUGAACGGCCCAAUGCCCCAUACAUUGCAGCCAAGUUCCCCCAGAGAUCUAUACCCUUCACCUUCCACCUGGGUUCCGGAGAUGAUUAUCAUAAUUUUACAAAUCGAAAAUUGGAACGGGAGAAGCGUUACCGCAUCUUCGUGAGAGCUGUCGUGGAUACACCGCAAAAACAUUUAUAUACCUCAAGUCCAUUUUCGGAAUUCCUCUCCUUGGAUAUGCGUGAGGCACCUCCGGGUGAACGACCACAUCGUCCUGACCCCAAUUGGCCAUCGGAACCUGAAGUUUCGGUUAAUCGUAACAAAGAUGAACCUGGCAUGAUGUGGGUGAUCCUACCCGUCCUGGCUGCACUGAUUUUGUCCACCACCUUCAUCAUUAUUUACAUUAUCAAGAGGAGAAGGCAACCAUGCAAGACCCCCGAUCAGGCAGCUGUCACAAGACCCCUUAUGGCCGCCGAUUUGGGUGCCGGACCCACACCCAGCGAUCCGGUUGAUAUGCGCCGCCUUAACUUCCAAACCCCCGGCAUGAUUUCCCAUCCACCCAUACCCAUAUCGGAAUUUGCCAAUCACGUAGAACGCCUUAAGGCAAAUGACAAUCAGAAAUUCUCUCAGGAAUAUGAAAGCAUUGAACCCGGUCAACAAUUCACCUGGGACAACUCCAAUUAUGAAUAUAACAAGCCCAAGAAUCGCUAUGCCAAUGUCACCGCCUAUGAUCAUUCGAGAGUCAUCUUACCCCUCAUGGAUGGUGUGGUCGGUUCGGAUUAUAUUAAUGCCAAUUAUUGUGAUGGCUAUAGGAAACACAAUGCCUAUGUGGCCACGCAAGGACCUCUCCAGGACACCAUUUCCGAUUUUUGGCGUAUGUGUUGGGAACUGAAGACCACGACAAUUGUUAUGAUGACCCGGCUAGAGGAGAGGACACGCAUUAAGUGUGACCAAUAUUGGCCGACACGAGGCACUGAGACUUAUGGUCAGAUGUUUGUAACCAUUACGGAGACCCAGGAGUUGGCCACCUAUAGUAUCAGGACCUUCCAGUUGUGUCGUCAAGGCUUUAAUGAACGCCGCGAACUGAAACAAUUGCAAUUUACAGCCUGGCCGGAUCAUGGAGUACCCGAUCAUCCUGCACCUUUCUUGCAAUUCUUGCGUAGAUGUCGUGCUCUUACUCCACCCGAUUCCGGCCCAGUUGUGGUUCACUGUUCCGCUGGGGUGGGUCGUACCGGCUGCUACAUUGUCAUUGACUCUAUGCUGGAACGUAUGAAACAUGAAAAAAUCGUGGAUAUCUAUGGUCAUGUCACCUGUCUUCGGGCCCAACGUAAUUACAUGGUCCAAACCGAGGAUCAAUACAUUUUCAUACACGAUGCCAUAUUGGAGGCCAUAAUUUGUGGUAAUACUGAGGUCCCAGCCCGCAACUUGCAUACCCAUUUGCAAAAGUUGUUGACCACAGAGCCAGGAGAAAGUAUUACCGGCAUGGAAAUUGAAUUUAAGAAACUCUCCAACGUUAAAGUCGACUCAUCGAAAUUUGUUACGGCCAAUUUACCCUGCAAUAAACAUAAAAAUCGUCUGGUCCAUAUUUUGCCAUAUGAGUCGUCGCGGGUCUAUCUAACACCCAUACAUGGUGUGGAGGGUAGUGAUUAUAUCAAUGCCAGUUUCAUUGAAGGUUAUCGUUAUCGUUCGGCAUAUAUUGCGGCACAGGGCCCCCUGCAGGAUACGGCUGAAGAUUUCUGGCGCAUGCUAUGGGAACAUAAUUCGACUAUUGUCGUGAUGCUUACGAAACUCAAGGAAAUGGGAAGGGAAAAAUGCUAUCAAUAUUGGCCCCAUGAACGUUCGGUACGCUAUCAAUACUAUGUCGUGGACCCGAUUGCUGAAUAUAAUAUGCCGCAAUAUAAGUUGAGAGAAUUCAAGGUCACCGAUGCCCGUGACGGUUCCUCACGUACUGUACGCCAAUUCCAAUUUAUCGAUUGGCCCGAACAGGGUGUACCAAAGUCGGGUGAAGGUUUUAUCGAUUUCAUUGGCCAGGUGCACAAGACCAAGGAACAAUUUGGCCAAGAUGGCCCAAUAACUGUGCACUGUAGCGCCGGAGUGGGACGUACUGGAGUCUUCAUUACCUUAAGCAUUGUCCUCGAACGUAUGCAAUAUGAAGGUGUACUCGAUGUUUUCCAAACUGUACGCAUAUUGCGAGCUCAACGACCAGCCAUGGUUCAGACAGAGGAUCAAUAUCAUUUUUGUUAUCGUGCAGCAUUGGAGUACUUGGGUUCGUUCGAUAACUAUACCAAUUAGUUGCCAUUGCAGAUGGUGUCUGUAUAACAGAUU